GGCGGUAAUGCACCUCUAAACUGGUUUGCCAAAGAGGAAGAAGAAGAGGAAGAAGAGGGUGGAGGCCUGCUGGCUUGAAAUCCAACCAGCUGAAGAAAUAACGCGAAGAUUUGGACGUUUUUUUUCAACAAUGAGGUUGUGAACGCCUCAGCUCAGUGUUUUGGUGGGACAAACACUCAAAAUGCAGCACAUUAUCAAUAUGAUAAAAUAAGAGUAUCAUGUUGUGAUAUGUCAUACUACCUGACAAUAGUUACCAGACAUGCCGUGGUGCCUAAACACCAAGCGGAAGUAUAGUUUAUAACUAUCACACUGUGAAAGCCAAACUGCAUUUUUUUUUUUUUUUAUCAGAGAGCAAGUUUUCUCCUCUUAAACAUUCAAAAUCUUAAUAAUAAUAAUAAUGCAUUUUAUUUAUAUAGCGCUUUUCUGGAUACUCAAAGACACUUUACACAGAUAAAAUGAUCAUAAAAACAAGGACAUCAUAAAAAUAUAAAACACACAAUAUUAAUUAUAAUUAUUUAAAUCUUCAUCUCUAGACCAUGGUAGACAAUCGCUAUGCCACAGCUCUGGUCAUCGGCUCGGUGCUGAGCCUGCUGGCCACAGUCUACCUCUCUGUAGCUGUGGGAACUCAGCACUGGUACCAGUACAGCUGCCCGCCAGUCAAAUGUGAGGGGAACAACACCUCCGAUCUCAGAGAGGAGUUCAUCAGUGGAGAGUUUGAUGUGAAGACUUACAGCGACACCAUGUUCCGCCUGAACGGCACCCUGGGACUGUGGUGGAGGUGCAUACUGGUGCCCGGCCAGUCUCACUGGUUCAAAGAACCAGAUCCGAAGAUGGAGACGCAGUGUGUGAGCUUCACUCUUCCUCAGCAGUUUAGUCCAAAGUACAAAAACUCUGGAAAGAAUAACAGCGAAGAAGAUCUGCUGAGAACAUACUUGUGGAGGUGCCAGUUUCUCCUGCCCUUGGUCUCUCUGGCUUUGGUGUUCCUCGGCGGCCUUGUCGGGGUCUGUGCCUGCCUGUGCCGCAGCUUCACCCCCACCUUGGGCGUGGGAGUGCUCCAUUUACUCGCAGGUCUGUGCACUCUGGGCACCGUCUGCUGUUUCCUGGCCGGGGUGGAUUUGCUCGAACAGUACUCCCGACCACCAGAAGGGGUGGAGGGCUCGUUGGGCUGGUCCCUCUACCUCGCCCUCAUCUCCUUCCCUCUGCAGAUGAUGGCAGCUGCUUUGUUCCUGUGGGCGGCCAGGAGUCACCGCAGAAACUACACCCGCAUGACUGCUUACAGGGUAGCCUAAAGAGAGACUACCUCAACUACUUACCUUCAAUCAGCCUGCUGGUCUGAGGACUUUCUAAAAAAAAAAAAAAAAAUGUUUUCUGGUUGUAACCUUUCACUUCUUCUGUAACAAUCUUUAAAUAGAUAAAAACAUGACAUCACAUAUCCAGACAGGAAUACAUUAAUCCAGGUUGCAGCUAAACAUCAUAAGUGCUCAUAAUUAGGGGUUUAAUAGCUUUGAGUUGUGUUAUUUCACCUUUGUUUUUUAGCAUGUCUAACUUACCCAAAGCAUGUUCUUUAGUGUAUUUUAACACCCAGAUAUCGUGGAUCAUUUUGUUAUUGCUGGCGUUACCUGUGUCGUACUGAAAUGCCUUCUUUUUCGGUUGCCAUUGCUUCUAAAGCUGCUCACCACAUUGCCCUUAAAUCAGUUAUAGAUUAUAAACUUGCACACCAAUUUAUUUCCGACCUGCCGUUAUCUAAGCCAGGGUAGCUUUCUCUGUUAGUGCAUGAAACAAAUAUUACACAAGCCUAUUUUUUUAUGUUUUUUCUGUGGUUUUAUUUUUUUUGCAUAAUCUUAAAUAUCAAGCCUUUGCUGUGCAUGCCUUUAAGCUGACAUUUCUGUAAUCUGUGGUAAUCGUUGAUUUCAGUCUGUGGUGUGUGUGUUGACUUAACGUCACUCACUAAAAAAUGAAACCACUCAUCUCUCAUUGUCACCUGUGUUUAUAGAUCUAAUAUUUAUCAAUGUGGUUAAUUUGAAUGUUAAAUUUGCCACUCGAGCAAACCUGUGACCUCUUUGUAACAUUUAAAUUCUAAUGUUUCAGCCCCAAAUUAUACUACUGCCACUUUACAUUUGUUAAGCUACUUAAAGCGUUUUUCUAAUCGUGGUUGCGGUCAGUUCUCUGUUCCUUUUUAGAGCUCAGUUGUUGCUCGACUGACUGGUUUGACAGCCAGAUAUCGGUUUGGCAUCAAUUUAAAUGUUUGCUGGUGAUACUCCAGAGUCAAAGAGGUAUUUUGAAUAACAAUUGAACUUGCAAAAUCUUCAUUUGCAAGUGAAAAUCCUCCUUGAGUCUGUCUUUACACUUAACAUUUGUGUGGAAAGUUAAUGAAUUUGUUACUUUUUUGUGUCCAAAAUAUCUAAUUUCUUAGUAUACAAAUUGUGAUGUUUUUGUGUCACAAUGUUUUGUUAUUCGUCUGAUGUGUGUACACUCUGGCUUUUGUAAAUGUUUUUAUGUAUUCUGAAGCGCAAUGUAACGGUUUCUGUAUUGAUAAAUUUGACAUUUGCUGA